AUGACAGAAACGAAGCCACCCCUCGAGUCACGCAUAGGAAAAGACAGCCCGUUUACCUUCGGACAGAGGUAUUUGCAGGAUGAAAAUGAUGUGUUCAACCACAACGCAUGGGACCAUGUGGAAUGGGGCGAAGAACAGAUUGAAGCCGCCCAAGAGAUGAUUGCAAAACAGUACGAACAUCCUGUAAAAGAAUUCGACAAGAAGCUAUACAACGAGAACCCAGCAAAGUAUUGGGAUAUAUUCUACAAGAACAACCGAGAGAAUUUUUUCAAGGAUAGAAAGUGGCUCCAAAUUGAAUUUCCACGAUUGUACGAGGUCACUUCGGAGGAUUACCAGAGAGAAUGUACUGUUCUUGAAGUGGGGUGUGGAGCAGGAAAUACGAUGUUUCCCAUAUUGAGUCAGAACAAGAACAAAAACUUCAAAAUUUUCGGAUGUGACUAUCUGAGUGUUGCGGUAGAUCUCGUACGUUCGAAUCCAGAAUUUGCACCAAAUAACGAGAAGGGUGUGGCAUUUAGCUCAGUUUGGGACUUGGCGAACCCUGAAGGAAAGCUUCCGGAAGGUUUAGAGCCUCAUUCGGUAGAUGUGGUUGUGUUGGUCUUCGUUUUUCUGGCUUUGCACCCAAAUCAGUGGGCGACCGCCAUUAAUAAUUUGGCCAAGGCAUUGAAGCCAGGUGGUCAGAUUUUGUUCCGUGAUUAUGGACGGUAUGAUCUUGCGCAAGUUAGGUUCAAAAAAGGCAGGCUUUUGGACGAUAACUUCUAUAUUCGUGGUGAUGGUACUCGAGUUUACUUUUUUACUGAGGACGAAUUGCGCCAGAUAUUCACCAAACAUGGCCCAUUCACAGAAAAUCGUAUAGCUACUGAUCGCCGACUUCUCGUGAACAGAAAAAAGCAGCUUAAAAUGUACCGUAACUGGCUUCAAGCGGUAUUUGAGAUGCCUGCGACAGAAUAA